UACGACCAAUAUGGUCCGUUCGGGGGGGGUGCGCCGGGCGCGAACGAGGAGACUGCGGAGAGCAUAGACGACAGUUUCAGCAGCAUAUUCCGAGAUUUCGUGGGUAACGUAGGGAGCAAUGGAGGGCGGAGUUUCCUUGAGGACGUGGUUAGCUUCCUGGAGAGCAACGUGGACGGGUUCAGCGAGGAGAGCGACGCGGAGUUUGAAGAGAUUUUGAAGGGCGAGGAUCUGCAGCUGGUGCAGGACGAGAUCGAGAACCUGAACUUUCUGAUCCCCAAGCUCCGGGAGAAGCAGCAGCAGGCAAAGAUCGACGUGAUGGUCGCGCAAGGCAAGCUCAGGACCCUGCAAGCAGCCGCGGCCCGGGACCUCGAAGGUGUGGACCGGCAGCUGGAGGCGGUGGAGAAAGUGGCGGCCACGCAGGCGCGCGUGAAGGACUUAGAGGGGCACAUGAAGCGGGCGGACAAGCGGCAGCGGCGGCUGAUGCUGCGCGCAGAGGAGUUGAGGUGGGGGGCGGGGGGAAGGUCCGCUUACUCGAAAUAUGCGUCGCCGGGAACGAAAGGAAGCGCAAGUUCUCGGAGCAAUACGGGGGAGAGAGGGGAGAGGGUGGGGGGGAGAGAUG